UUGUAGAGGAUGUCAUUGGCUGUCUGCUGGACAACUGUCUUUCCCGUCUAGAAACAUUUCUGAAUUUAAAAACACAUUUUAACUGGUCUUAUGAAACGGAAAAAAAUCUGCGUCUUCACAAACAAUAAACCAAAGCUUCCGAUAAUAAACAUUUGAAAUAUAACCUACCUCUAUGUUUAUUUAUUUGCUAUUUAAUUUACCUUUUAUUUAUAGCGCUUGUCCGAUUGCAGUUUUCGGCUUCAGUGGCACCAAAACAACUCUUGUACCGUAAAACACCAUGUGUGGUUUGGACUUUAUUUUAUAUUGAAGCGCGUAUUUCCAUGUGUGCGCUUACUUGGUGUGUGCGCUUACUUAGUGUGUGUGCUUAUGUGUGUGCUUACUUGGUGUGUGCGCUUACUUGGUGUGUGUGUGCGUGUGAAGAGGGUUUGCGCUUUUACGGUUGCGGUGCCUGGAUGAGCAUCGAGGGGCUGGGAUCCUGCAGCCGAAGCAUCGCGAUGCUACGAGAGUUGCGAGACGCUGUUAGGGGAGCACGCUGGUGAGAAGCGCACACACUGAGGAGCUGCUGACACCAUGGAUGGAUGCACUGUUUAAACGACUGUUAGGCUCGUGAAAGGCGCAUCCUGACACCAUGGUUCUGACCGCGCUGACCCAGUUUAGCUGCAAGGUGAAUGUUGAUGACACCGUUGAAAUGUUACCAAAAUCAAGAAGAGCUCUCACCAUUCAAGAGAUUGCUGCUCUAGCGCGAUCUUCUCUGCAUGGUAUUUCACAGGUGGUCAAGGACCAUGUGACGAAGCCUACAGCCAUGGCUCAGGGCAGAGUAGCCCAUCUGAUAGAGUGGAAGGGAUGGUGCAAGCCCAUGGACACUCCGGCAGCUCUGGAGUCAGACUUCAACUCUUAUUCUGAUCUCACUGAGGGAGAGCAAGAGGCACGCUUUGCAGCUGGCGUGGCAGAGCAGUUUGCCAUCGCCGAGGCUAAACUGAGGGCCUGGUCCUCUGUGGACGGCGACGAGUCCAAUGAUGACUCAUACGAUGAAGACUUUCUGCCUGCCAGCGAGCCCACCACACAGAGCACAGAACUGUCAUCUUAUCCGCCGUACUUGAAGGACCUGAUCCACAGCCAGCUUUGCCAGCACCUGGGCAUGCGAAGGCCCUGUUCUGAGAGCGGAGGAGGGAUCGGCGAGGGGGCUGGCAGCAGAGAGCCCUCCCCCACGGCGGGGUCUCCGGACACGCUCUGCUCCAGCCUCUGCAGCCUAGAUGAGCAACACCCGCUGCUCCGCGAUCUGAGGACUCAUUGUGGUAAUCAUGCCCAAAACAACGCAGCUGAACUUGCUGCAAAGAUCUUGUCUGCGCUGCACGGAGGGGAGGAGCUGCUGGCCCAACUUCAGAGGGUGGGACAUAGUGGGCCUGGUGGGGGAGACUGUGGCUUUCACAGCUUGAGUGGGGGCGGCCGGGGUAGCAGGUCCUACAGAGGUCAGGAUUCUCCUUGCUACUCCAUGUCUUACUCUGAAACGUAUCUGUCACCGGGUGAGGAUGAUGACACCCCCUGCAAGGACUAUGAAGGCACUGUGUGCCAGGAGGAGGUGGAGGGCCAGGGGGUGGAGUACCCUCCUGACUACGACCCAUACAGGAGGGUGUCCGACGUGGCCUCCUCAGGGGUUGUCUCCCUUGACGAGGAAGAGGAAGAGGAGGAGCUGGAGGAGAGAGCAGAAGAGCCGAACAACCAAUGACUCCUUUUUUUUUCUCAUCUCAGUAUUUGGGGAGGGGCUUCUUCAUUGUCAGUGACAACAUCCCCUCUUUUUCACGGUGUCUGGACAAUUUGAACCUUUUGAAUGAUGCGUAAAUCAUCUGUCCUUGCCUUACACUCGCAGCAACUCAGCUCUCCUCUCCAUCCGUUAAGUGCUUUGUCUCCAUUCCACGUAUGAAAUUUUUUUUGUUUUGAAGGCGUCCAAACAAUCCUUUUUCAUCAGUGUGAGAACAGUGAUGGCUGGACUAGGCACGGUCAGUCCAGGGACUAACUCUCGGGUAUGAUGCCCACAGUUUUUCGGCUGUGUUUCCUUCGGUGCGGUGAAAGGACUCUGCUCCAGUCAGACGGAUUGACCAAGAGUCCAAACCUCUGACUUAUAUCUGCAUGUUUUUUUGCAAGCGCUGAAAUCAAUGGGCUGACCUGGGCUUGAGCACGUUUUUGUAAUCUCAGCUGUGCUGUAUCACCCCUGCCCCUCUCUCCCUGUCUCGUGAGUGAGCAGGCUGACACUGCAUCCUGGCACCUGUCCUCACCCCAUCCCUCAUCUCCUAACCUUUUUCCCCCAUUCUUUGCAAGAGACUGAAUAGCAUCCUUCUGGGCAUGGCUUGCUGAGUAUGCCAAACUAUUUAACCCUGUCACUGUCAAUUAUGAGCAAAUGCUGGAAUGUCUUCAAAGUGACAGGAAAUGAUAUGUAUUAAAAAAAAAAUCAUGUGUUCCAAAUGAUAUGACCGAAAUGAUAUGCUUUGGAUGUACUAGUUUUCUAUCAGUCAUGUUGUUGUUCAUGUCACCAUCAUGAUGGACAGUUGGCAUAUUGAUGAACAGCCGCUCGGUGUUCCCCGGUGUUUUCUGUGGAGGAAACCUGACCUUUGCUCUUGAAAAAUAAAAACUCGCAGCAGGGACACAGGAAACACAGAGAGAGUUCCUGAAGUGGCGCCUCAACAACAGAUGUUUGGCAACAAGCGACAGAAACCUAUUUUCCUGUGCAGAGAUAGGUUGCAUUUGGAGAUUUUUCUAUAUUUUUGUAUGCGUUGUCUUGCUUUGAUCUCCUUGCCUAUGCGGCGUGCCAGUGUAUGUGGUCUUUGCACGAAGCUAAUGUGGCUGUAGAUUUCUCCUGUUCUUUGUUAUCACUGUGUGAUAUAGUCUACUGGGAAAAAAACAACAAAAAAACAAUACAAAUGUGAAAUGUUCCUUUUUUUCCAAAAGAGGAUACUGUGAUAUGGUUUUUUGCCAUUUAUCAUUAUCCUUAUGAAGAGCUUGUUUUUUGUUUAUUUAAUAACUUCUAAAUACUCAUAUUUUCUUCUCAUGUUGACUCUUGAAAAGCUUUGCCUUUUUAUUCUGUACUCUCCCUUUCUAUGAUGCUUGCAAAAAGGCAUGUAAUGUGACACGUUAAGAGCCUACUUCGUCCUCUCCAUGUUGAUGUACCUGAGAGAAAAUGUCUUUCAUACAACUCAGGAAAUCCCAUUGAACCAGAGCAUGGAUGCAUUCAUUCCCACAUGCACAUAGGCAUGGGUUGGUUCAUGGUACCAAAAAGUUACACUUUCAAACCAGCUAAAAGUUUCUGUCAUACUUCUUUUAAAGUUUAAAAUGAGUUACCAGGAUCAGGAUUCUAAGGUUUUAAAAGAGCUACACUUUCAAAGUUAGCUGAUUUUCCCUUUAUAUUUUCCCCAGGGAGCAACAAAGGUUGAAGAUAAACGUAGACCUCAUUUAGACAUUUCAAGCUUUUAAUAGGCCUGAUUUGAUAUAUUUCAUAUUUAAAUUAGGAAUAAAGCCUAAUUUACAGAUACUCUAAGCUUAAAAUUUGAUUAAAAAAAUCUGUGAGGUCCACAACAAAAAAUUUAACAAAUCAUAUAAAAUGCCAAAAAACAUUCAACAGCAUUCAUUUGCUUCAAUCUUUAUAAAAGUUAUCCAUUUAUAAACUGAGGUUUUGGAGUAUUAAUGUGCAACAAUGUGAUUUGAGUUGCUGGUUCAAAUCCCACUCCCUUUCUUUCAGUCAUUGUUGCCCACUUGUGGCUGUCAGAGGAGCCGGUGGUAGCUCUGGCUACAAUGUAGCUCACUACCAUGUUAUAGUAUAGCGAGUUAGCAGAACUAAUAUUUAUGAAUAGUGCUUUAGGGUCAAUGGAACUAAUUUUAGUUAGUGCUAGCCACCAAUGAUGGCAUGAAAACAUAAUUUAACAUGAUUUAAAAUAUGAUAAAUGUUUGUGCUCUUGUAUCAAAAUGAAGUAGUAAUAUUAACUAUACUAACAUUAUUAUUUUACCAUUUGUAGAAAUAGACUGUUGCUUUUUUAUUUCAAUCACAGUAGUUCUAUCUUGCUUUAUUUGUAUAAAUCCUUUUUCUUAAACAUCAUGACACUGUGAAACUAAGGUUAUCAUUUGAGAACCUGCUACCAGCCCAUGCCUAAAUGUACAAGCACCAGUCCUUUCUCACCCUCACCCUGCAUGUGUGCACAUGUUCAAGAGAAACCCUUGAACAUGUUUCAAGGCUUUCUCUUGAAAAUGGUCUCUGAGCAUUUUGUGAGUCAUCAUUUUCUAUAGUACAACAUAAUUCAAGCACAGACUUGAUCCCCACUUCUAUGCUUUUUGUUCAAAUAAGCCUCAAUGUGUAUGUUUGUAUUUUGAGAUUUUGUGAAAUUGUGUGUCCGACUGUGUCUCGUAAGAUGUCAGCAAGUGCUCCCAGCUUGCACAGUCAAUUAAUCCCCUCCAAUGCAGCAAUUCCCUUUAAAACAAUGUUUUGAGGUAGGUCAUCUCCUGUUUGAGGCUUAACUUUUUCUGGCUUCGAUGGAUUAAACUAAAACUAAGGUUUGACAUUACCUCAUUUCCAGAAAACAGCAAAUGCUAGUAUUAAGAGUUAGGCAAAACCGUGAAAACUCAGGGGGAACCAUUGAAGCUGUGCCUUUCAUACAUCACCUUUGACCUCUCAAACUACAUCCUCUCGUACUCCUUGGUGUCUCUAAGACCAAAGUUCAACUCCCAUCCUCUCAAACAGGGACCACAGUCGUGUGUACCCCUUAGACAGAGGCGUCAGGAAAUCCUGUUGUAUCUCCUGCAGUGAUGAGAGCUUGCAGAGGGCCGAUCUGCGUCACUGUCCUUUUGCUUGACAUUAAAAGCCGGGCAACGCUGGCGAAGCGAGGUUGUGCUUUUGUCCAAGCGCGAUGACGCGACCGUCCCAUUGUUUCACAACCUUCUCCUUUUUUCUCCCCUGUUUAUCAGCUCACUCUGAGCAUCUCGUGUGCAUGUCUUUUCUCUGCAUGUCUAUCAGAAUGUCCUUGCGGCUUCUCCAAAUAAAGACAGGCACAUUGGACUUUCUCUGAUUCUCACAUCUACAUGUAUGUGCAAUGAAUCUUAUACUUCUGAGAACUGUGACUCUGUUCAUUCAUCACCAAGAGAACAGUUUGUCCUCACAUGGACAGAAUCAGAAGAUGUGCCGUUGAUACACCAGACAGCCUGAUGAAUGUGUUUCCUUUCCAUCCUUCCAUCACCAUCCUGUCAUUUCCUUCUUCCAUCCCGACUUUCUUUGUUUCUGUCUUUUGCUCCCGCUCUUCUUUUGUCUGUCAAUUGCUCCUUCCUUCCCCACAGGGAGGCUUAUGACGUAAAUAGGUGGGCGUCUUAGUGCUACCUUUGCCGAAAGGCAAUUAGCCUGCAAUUACAAAAACAACUGAACUUCAGGAGACGUGUAUCUGUCUCUCUCUUCUUUCCGUUGUUUUUUGUUCUCCUUUUUCCCCUUCAAUCCAUCUGCUCUCUCCUUUCCCUGCUUUGUCCCUAGAUCCUCAUCACCAGCACAAGUUUCUAAGCGGCAGCUUUUGAGGUCAGCUGUCCCAGAAAACUCCACACCAACUUUUGUUUUCGUACUUGUCUCUCUGUAUAAAAAAAUGUCUGAGAUUUUGUGGCCCAGAACAACAAGAAACCCUUGAUUCUCUUCAUUGAGACACACGUCGUUCUAUCCCAACAUGUUCCAUCUUGUUUGUGAGUGUCCCUGGGCAAUUAGUUUUAGCUUGUUGCUUCAGGCAAGCAGUGACAUUGGAUACUUAUCAGAGAGAAGUGCUCCAGAUUCACUAUAUGUGUGACUGUUUGUGUGUGACAUCAGCCGAGGGAACCAGUGCUAUAAAAAUACAUCAAAACAUCUGUCAAACACUGCGAAGCAGGAGGCCGGCAUAAAUAUUCACAUGGUAGUAGUGUCCCCAUCACCUUGUAACCUACUUACCAUUUCAGAACAAAGCAGAUGGGUCGGGGGACCGCUCAUCUCACACCCUAUCAGCGAUUAUUGGGUCAAAGCUGGCCAACACAACCAGGCGUGAGAACAAAGUGCAACAGGAAGUGAAUGAGGGAUAUACAUGGUCUGUGUUUGACCCACAUCAGGCUGAAAUGUACAAAAAUAACACUUACAGUAGAAAAGGCCAAGAGACUUAAGAGAGCAAAGCCAUAUAGAGUCCCCUAACAGAGAGGGCAAGAUGGGCACUAACAGGGUAAAUGGAGAGAUGACCUUAGAAUAUCGUAGUUUUUCACUCUACAAGGGAUUUAUUUCACCAUCUGCAUCAGUCAAACACAUCUCCUUACCCCUCACCUCUGUCCAAUUGUCAGUCUCUUUUCUUCUUUCUUUUAAUACCUUUCUUCCUGUUUUGGCUGAAUGUAAUUAUACAAAUAUUGCCACCUUGGAUUGAAAAAUAAAUAUAUUUGUUUGCUGCAUCUGAUAUUAUUUCAAAAAUAAAGAAAAUAUUGUUAUUGUUCUUUGCAAUA